UAUUCUGAGACGCAGAAGCAGGAGGAGAGGCCUGAGCGGUUGUGAUGUGAGCUCUGUGACCAUAAUUGAUCUAAUUGGGAUGGAAGAGGAGCGAAGGUGGAAGCGCUUCUCCGAACACUCCUCGUCGUCGUCGGCUUAUUCGCAUAUAAACAAUCUUGACGAUGGUUGUCUUAUGCACAUCUUCAGCUUCUUAUCCCCUAUUCCAGAUCGGUAUAACACCGCCCUCGUUUGCCACAGAUGGCUUUUCCUGGCAUGUCAUCCUCGUCUUUGGCUGCGAGUAGACCGGUCUGUCAAAGACUUGUCUCAGCCUGGAGUUUUUCCCAACAUUGAAGUAGCAGUCUCUGCUGCAAGGCCUGGUGACACAAUUCUUAUUGCAGCCGGGGGAGCUCAUAUUGCUUCUAACAUUCAGAUUAGAAAGCCACUCUGCCUGAUUGGUGGAGGUGAGCUUCCAGAUGAUACAACACUUACCUGUUCUCGAGGCUCAGACAGUGCAUUGGAGUUCCUGUCCACCUGCAAAGUCGCAAACUUAACGGUGAAGGCAGAGCUAGGCUGCUGCUUGCUUCAUAGGAGUGGGAGGCUGAUAAUUGAUGGGUGUAUUCUUCAAUGCGAGUCCAACCCCUUAGAUUACCUUUCAUAUGCGAUCGUGAGCACAGCCAAUGGCCCUGAGGUCUUCCCAUCCUUGGUGAAUAAUGGUCGUGGCGAUGGCGUCUCCGUUUCUCGCACUCGUAUCGAAGGAGGUGCAAAGGCAGUUUCAACAAGUGGAACCCUGGCAGUGCAGCGAGUUCGAGUUAUUUAUGCUCGAACUUCUGUCUUUUUCUGGUUUGAUGUAGAGCAACAUUGAUCAUAGUAAUCUCCCUUGCUCUUCUGUAUUACUAUUAGCUGUUGUUAGUUGGACACUUAUUUUAUUUAUUUUAUUUUAUUUUUUUUGUGUGUUAAUUUCUUCUUUCUCUUUUUCAAUUUGAGGAUAGUGUGUUUCGUACUAUUUUUAAAGUUAAUGUGAAAUGAUAUGCUUCAUUGUGCUC